AUGCAAUCGGGUGCUAUAAGUGACUCAGCAAUCACUGCAUCGAGCUACCACAAUGUUGACUCUUUUCAACUGCCGCCUUCACAUGGCCGCCUUAAUCAUGGAAGCGUCUGGGCGUCAGCAUCUCAGAGCCCUGGAGAGUACAUCCAAAUCGACCUGGGGCGUAUCACAACAGUCACCAAGGUGGCCACUCAAGGAAACUCGAAUUAUGACGAAUGGAUGACGAGCUACAAAAUUGGCUACAGCACCGAUCUAUCCACCUGGAAACUGUACCGCGAGGGAGGACAAGAAAAGGUGUUCCCCGGGAACACAGACGGGACCACUGUUGUCUACGGAGUGUUGCCACAGCCCAUUGUUACACGUGGUAUCCGGAUCUUCGCGGAAACGUUCCAGAACCGGCCUGCUUUGAGGAUGGAGAUCUACGGAUGCAUGUGA